AUGAACACACUCAUGCUGACGACAGGCCGUGCAAUAGACGAUCAGCCCAUGGACGGGAACAUGUCUUUUACUUCUUAUAACAUGAUGGAUUCAGGAGGAGCAGGCAUUGAAUCCCCACCCACCUACCAUAGAAGCUAUGAGCAAUACGUCCAAGGGGCAGUUGAGAACAGUACCGACUCAGUCCAAGACCCUACCAGCCCUGAACUAGUGGUUUGGUCUACCCUGCCGUAUGGACUGGAUUACAGAGCGCAGUAUGAUUACAGAAGUCCGUAUGAUACUUCAAGGGAUUAUUCAUCUCAGCAGUAUGCUAGAGCCCCUUUUGCCACAAAAAUGGGACAAGCCAAAGCGUUAAAGGAAGCCAGGAUACGAAGACCCAUGAACGCCUUCAUGGUGUGGGCGAAGGUGGAACGGAAGAAGCUGGCCGAUGAAAAUCCUGACCUUCAUAAUGCUGAUUUAAGUAAAAUGCUUGGUGAGUUAUUUAUUUUC